AUGAAAGUCCCUUCUGGAAUGUCCUGGGUUCUCAAGAAGAUUAUGAAAAGCAGAGAGCUCUUUGAUAAUGGCAGCAAGAUACAUGAAUAUGAAACAGAUGGGAGAUUCUCAAUUAAUAAGUGCUAUAAAGCAAUCAGAGAGCCUAAUAUUCAAGUUAGCUGGAAAAGGUUGGUAUGCAACAAUAGAGCUACUCCCAAAAGUAUCUUUAUUACCUGGCUGGCAGUGCUUAACAGGUUGAGUACAAAAACCAUAUUCGCUCAAUGGAGCUUAGUAUCUGAUACUACUUGUGAGUUGUGUAACAAUGGAGAGGAGGAUAUUCAUCACCUUUUCUUCCAGUGUGAGUAUUCAGGUGAAAUCUGGAGGAAAUGUUUGAGCAUUCUAAAGAAACCAAGAAAUCCUGUAAGCUUUAUGGAGGAGGUGCUGAUUGCUGCAAACCAUUGUAGACGAAGACACAAGAAGAACAAGCUGUAUGGAAUGAUGUUUACUGAAGCUAUCUAUAACAUUUGGAUGCAGCACAACCAGAAAAUUUUUGAAGGGCAACAUAAAACUACUGAUCAUAUUGUUAAUGUAAUUGUUUUUAAUGUUGCUGCAAGAGUAGAAGAUAAUAUGAGAAAUCUCUUGUUUAGAUAG